GUCUAUAAUUACAGACAGUGGAAAGAGCAUCAGCUUUGGAGUCAGUUCAGACCUGUGUCUUCUGCAUAGCUGAAACCCUGGAAAAUCUGGCAUGGCAGAAAAACCAAUGUAUAUGGCCCCACAAAUACCUGAUGAGGAAGAAAUACAAAAAGAAGACAAUAUUCGUUGCUUAACUACACUUGGCCAUUUUGGUUUUGAAUGUUUUCCCUAUCAGUUGGUGAACAGAUCUAUGCAACAAGGAUUUGCUUUUAAUAUUCUCUGUAUAGGGGAAACUGGAAUUGGAAAAUCAACACUGAUUGACACAUUGUUUAAUAUUAACUUAAAAAAUAACAAAUCCUCACAUUUUUACUCAAAUGUUGGACUUAAAAUUCAGACAUAUGAACUUCAGGAAAGCAAUGUUCAAUUGAAAUUGACUGUUGUGAAAACAGUGGGGUAUGGUGAUCAAAUAAACAAAGAAGCCAGUUUACCACCAAUAGUUGACUACAUAGAUGCACAACUUGGCUAUCUUCAAGAAGAACUGAAGAUUAAACGUUCAUUUUUUAGUACCAAUGAUUCCCGAGUCCACGUGUGCCUUUACUUCAUUUCACCUACAGAAUUCUCUGAAUCCCUGAUCUAUACAAUGAAGAACAUUGACAAUCGGGUGAACAUUAUACCACUGAUUGCCAAAGCAGAUACAAUUUCUAAACAUGAUUUACAGAAGUUUAAGAGUAAGAUAAUGAAUGAAUUGAUUAGCAAUGGCAUCCAGAUAUAUCAAUUUCCAACAGAUGAUGAAACUACUGCUCAAGUGAACUCAUCAAUGAAUGGACUGUUACCCUUUGCUGUGGUCGGGAGUAUGGACGAGGUGAAAGUUGGAAAAAGAAUGGUGAGAGGCCGUCACUACCCUUGGGGAGUUUUGCAAGUGGAAAAUGAAAAUCACUGUGACUUUGUUAAGCUCCGGGAUAUGCUUCUUUGUACCAAUAUGGAAAACCUGAAAGAACAAACCCACACUCAGCACUAUGAAUGUUAUAGGUGUUACAGACUGCAGAAAAUGGGCUUUACAGAUGUGGGCCCCGACAACCAGCCAGUUAGUUUUCAAGAAAUAUAUGAAGCCAAAAGACAAGAGUUCUAUGAUCAAUGUCAGAGGGAAGAAGAAGAGUUGAAACAGAGAUUUAUGCUACUAGUAAAAGAGAAGGAAACAACAUUUAAGGAAGCUGAAAAAGAGCUACAGGACAAGUUUGAAUACCUGAAAAGCAUCCAACAAGAGGAGAUAAUGAAGCUUGAAGAAGAGAGAAGACAAUUGGAAGAAGAAAUAAUCGAUUUUUAUAAAAUGAAGACUUCCUCUGAAACAUUGCAGACUCAGUUGUACACCAACACAAAGAAAGACAAAGAUCGUAAGAAAUAGUCCUCUCUUGCCAUUCUAUCUAUUGUAGAGCCCCAUUAUUCUCUAUCCCAUCUUUCUGUGAGACUCUUUGCAGCAUUUAGCUCUAAUUGCAGUUCUAAUUUUUAAAAAUUGUUUGCUAAUUGUGUAUUUUACCCAACUAAAAUGUAAACUCCUUGAGAGCAGGUACCUUGUUCAUCCUGUUAAAUGCUAUAUCUCUGGCAAGUAGAGCAUAGACUAACACAAAGAUGGCACUCUAUAAAUAUUCACCAAAAUAGAAAAAAAAAAAAAAGAAAUGGGAAGCCAUAAGUAGUAUUUGGAUGAUAUUAUGCCUUAUAGAUUUUUGGUAUAUAUUAAAGUUAUCAAAGUUAAAGAAAAUAAA